AUGUCGACUUUAACGGAUUCGGACUUGGAAGACAGAUUUCAAAGUUUGGGGAUACGAAAACGAACGUGUUCUAUCGUGGAUUUGCCUGCAGAAAUCCUCAUUUGCAUUCUUCUCAAUCUUGAAUGGAGGGACGUGCUCAGACUUAGGCAGAUGAGCAAAGCGCUGAAAAACGCAACACACGACAAAGCCGUCUGGCUGCACUUAUACGAGACAUCGUUCCCCGGAAUCCCAAAGCAGCUCGACUACCCAUACGGGCUCUACACCGUCGCGGAGCUCGAGACCACCGUCGUGCGCGGGCUCAAAGCCAACGUGUCUUGGAGGAGCGGCGACGGGGACGGGCGGGUAGAGUGGGUCCAGCGGGACAUCCCAGGAGAGGAGGAGAUGGACCGCUUUUGGCUUUCAGACAGCGGGCGGUGGCUGGUGGUUUUGACAUCCGUGGGGUCUGUGGUCUAUCACGACCUGGAUAAUGCAGGUGUGCCGGGACGGACGCUGAUAUCUAGACCAUCCGCGGCUGGGCAGGGUUCAGCUAGACGCCAUAUGACGACGCGCAUGGCGGCGGACGUGUGUCCGCGCGCUUCAAAUUCAAAGCUCGAGUUCAACCUUGCGCUGUACUUGAGCCAAUCGCCAGAAGAAUCACACUUUGAAGUGUGGAAGGUCCGUCUUCAACUAGAGAAUGAAGGGGAGCUGCCAGUCUUGGUGGCUGAGAAAUUGGCGUCGCUCGAGCGGGAAUCUGAGGCACUGGUCUGCCAUAUAUCCCUGCUUGGAGAUGAUCUCGCGUAUUCUCAGACUCCAUGGACAAACGAGAGUGCAGUCGUCACAGUCUUCAACUGGAAAACGGCGUCAACGCACUCUGAAGGAUACAAAUACCAUAAGCAGGAAAUGUAUCCCGCCGAGUCAGGAGCGCUCUACAUCCCAGUGCAUCUUCUCCCUGGGUCGCGAAUAUUCGUUAUGACCAGCUACAGCAUCCAGCUGUUCCACUACGGCGACGCGCAUGGCCAGCCGUGCCUCGAGCUAUGGCACCACAGACAUGACUACGUCAAGGAAUUCACCCUGUCAAAGCCCUAUAUCUGUCCAGAAACAAACAGCAUACGGAUUAUAGUCAGCGAGAUGCAGCGCGUUUUGGGGUGUAUCAUUCCAUACUCGCUGUCCAAACCCUCCACCACUAGCACCGACACCGACACCGACGCGAAUGCGUGGCCUUCAUCCAGCGCGCUCCGCAUGCCGUCCGGCUUUGUACUGCUAUACGACCACGGCCAGACCUUUGAAAGGAAACGAUGGCGAGCGGCCUUCGGAUACCGGACAGGCAUCGUGCAUUGCGAAUCAGCGGAGAUGCCCCCUUCAUCAUCCAUUGACGAUUUUAGAGCGAUUUUGAGGUCUGCAAAAAAAAUCAUCAUACUCUCUGGUGCUGGAUUAUCCGCGCCUUCAGGGAUUCAAACGUAUCGUGGAUCUGGAGACAAAUCAUUAUGGUCGAACCCAAACGCAGUGAAGUACUCCAAACAUACCACGUUCGAAGAGGACCCCAGCGGUUCAUGGCAAUUUUACCACCAUCGACGAUUGGAAUGCCUCAAGGCGAACCCUAACAAAGGCCAUCUGGCACUCGCUGCCCUGAACAUCCCAUCUGUGGCGUCCCGCGUAAUACCCUCAGCAACUUCGGUCCCACUGCACGUCACGCAAAACCUCGAUGAGUUGGCUGUCCGUGCACUCAGAGUACUUCCCGAGUCCAGUAAUGAGGGACAGAAUAGACUCAUACAAAUUCACGGGUCGCUCUUUCGGACACGAUGUCGGUCGUGCAAGCAUGAGGAACAAAAUUACAAGCCUUACUUAAGGUCAUCCAUGAAAAAGCUGGUUCGUGAUGAGAUAGCCGACAUUGCGAUUGGGGAUUUGCCGCGCUGUGGUGGGGACGAGUGGGUCGGAUCGAAUAGGUAUGGUCGAUGUGGAGGUCUACUCAGGCCCGACGUUGUUUGGUUCGGCGAAGUGCCGCCUAGGAUGGGCGAGAUCGGGAGAGAAAUGACAGCCUGCGACCUUCUCAUUGUCGUCGGGACUAGUUCUAUUGUUCAGCCCGCAGCAGGCUUCGCAUCCCAGGUCCAAGGUCAUAGUGGCAAAGUCGCCGUGUUCAACCUUGAUAGGUCAAACAACGACGACAAGGCAGAUUUCUUGUUUUUAGGGAGCUGUGAUACAACCUUACCCGAGGUCCUUGAUGUUGGAGGUUUUGAACAUCGGCUCGCCAAUGCGAUGUACUAUCCUCAGCAAUCCCCAGGCAUCCAGCACAAGUUGUCCAACCACCACGACACCAAUCCUUGGCGGUUGCCAAUGCUCGUGCAGCAGCCAGGGCAGCAGUCGUCGGUAGGACCACCCCCACCCUCCCCAGGAUAUGCUCUCUACAACAAUGGCGCAAUUCAGCAUCACCCAGGCCAUCAUCCUCUCCAGCACCCUCCCCUCCAACACCACCAUCAAAGUUCUAUGUCCCACUAUCCAUCACCACCAAACCAGCAUACACACCAACAGCAACAUCUAAUUGCGGCCCAGGGAUCGCCAGCUAGCACUACACCCGUCGCAACCCCUCAAUGGCAGCAACAGCUUAUGAAGUGCGAGAUGGUACGUGCAUCCCGCUCACCACACCAUAGAGCACGCGCAAGUGCUAUGGCCUCACGAACUGUUGCCAAAUCUGCUAUCCCUAUCACGAACCCAAACCUCAUCAAACCUCCACCCACCCCAGAACAGUCCAACGGCGGUAUGGGCGACGGUUCACCAGAUGGUUCACCAGUAAAUGGCAAUGGAGUAGUCAAUUCCCAGCGACCUUCAACUCCUGGGCUCACGACGGAGAUUUCCCGGCCUACAGCGAUCAAGCCACCUGAGAAUACGUGGACAUCACUAGACAUGGGAGGGGUCAACAUCAAGAAUCUUCCUCCAACGUCUGGCCUGUUCUCAUUCACAUUCCUUAUCAACCUCUACCUCAAUCACAACGCCUUAUCAUCCGUACCCCUUGAGAUUUCAAGGCUUCGUCAUUUGGAGCUCCUUGAUCUAUCAGGAAACAACCUCAGUACCCUACCCCCGGAGCUCGGCAUGCUCUCACAGCUGAAAGAAUUUUAUCUGUUCGACAACCAGCUCACCACAAUCCCACCCCAAUUCGGUAGUCUUCACCAACUGCAGACAUUAGGAAUCGAAGGCAAUCCACUCGAUCCAUUGCUCAAGACCAUGGUACAAAAAGAUGGAACUCGAGCUUUAAUCACUUACCUUCGAGAUAACUGUCCUGUCGAAACCGAUCCCCCUGAACGAGUUUGGAAACAUCUCAUUCCUCCACAGGACCAGGAUGUCUUGGCGAAAGACCCGAAUGUGGAGAGCGUCAGCAUCAUGUGCUACAACAUUCUUUGCGAGCGGUGUGCGACGGAGAAGGUUUAUGGGUACACGCCAUCAUGGGCCCUCGCCUGGUCUUAUCGCAAGGGCCGAAUCUUGGAUGAAAUCCUCAAGCACGACGUUGAUAUCAUCUGCCUGCAAGAGAUGGACAUUGCGCAGUACGAGGACUAUUUUACUGCCAAUCUCAGUCAACACGGGUACGAAGGUGUAUUCUGGCCGAAGUCGAGGUACAAGACCAUGAAGGAGUCGGAUCGCAGGCUCGUCGAUGGUUGUGCGACGUUCUACAAGUCGGACAAGUAUAAGCUAGUAGAAAAGCAUCUCCUCGAAUUCAGCGCGUUGGCCAUGCAACGUCAGGACUUUAAGAAGACCGACGACAUGUUCAAUCGUGUUCUGGGCAAAGACCACCUCGCCGUCAUCUGUCUUCUAGAGAACAAGCACACCGGAUCAAGGCUCAUCGUGGCGAAUACCCAUAUCCAUUGGGAUGCGGCGUAUAGAGACGUCAAGUUGGUACAAGUCGCUUUGUUGGUCGAAGAAGUAGAGAAGAUUGCCCAUCACUUUGCGAAAUACCCUCCACCACCGCCUGGAUUCAACGGUAUUAUGCCACCCUCUUCGGAAGCAUCGGCGUCAUCUGGCGUGAAUGGGAUUGACGAUUCCUCGGACGCAGCGAGUACAUCGGCUAGUGCGGCUGACGAGUCAUCAACACGGCCGUCGCCAACACCGGCACCUGUAUACCGACCUCCACCCAUCUACACUGACGGCAGCAAGAUUCCGACCAUUGUGUGUGGCGAUUUCAACUCGUUGCUUACAUCCGGUGUCUACGAAUUCCUGAAUACUGGCUCUGUGCCCCCAACGCAUGAAGACUUCAUGUCGCACACGUACGGUCGAUACACAAGCGAAGGCAUUCGACACCGAUUAGGGUUGAAGAGUGCUUAUUCUGCGCCUGGAGCACCUGCUGAGGCCUUGAUUACGAACCACACACCCACAUUCAAGGAGCAUAUUGAUUAUGUGUGGUACUCUGCGGCCAACAUGGGCGUAAACAAGGUCUUAGGCGAGAUUGAUCCUGCGUAUCUGGACAAGGUGGUGGGAUUCCCGAACCCGCAUUUCCCAUCAGACCAUGUUGCGAUCGCUGCUGAAUUCCGGAUCAAGCCUCCACGAGAAACUGCGCCGUCUCGACAGCCUUCUACGCCAACGUCGUCGUAG